CCUACUUAUUUCUUUAUAGCCAUGGCAGGCUAUAACGUCAAAGACACGAAAGUAUACACCCCGCAAGGUACUGCGCUGAAACUGGACCAACUGACGUCGCUUCUGUGUGCAGUGUGCGGAUUCGUUCUCCGCGAGUCGAUGCAGGUGACGCGCUGCGGACAUCGCUUCUGUAAAGUCUGCAUUGACAAAAUGCUGAACACCAGCGGUGACGACAAUCUUAUGUGCCCUGUUGAUAAAGAACACUUCGAAAGAGCCGAAGUAAGUGUCUUCACUGUCUUGCAAGGCACAUGAAGCAUUAAAAUAUCAGAAAGUGUUGCUGUUUGAUAGGUGAGGAAGGACAGAGGCUGUCAGAGGGAAAUAGGUGCACUAGAAGUCGACUGUCCCACUCGGCCAGAUCCCUGCUCCUGGAGAGGACCGCUGGUGGAGAUUGAGGUUCAUCAGCUGAAAUGUCCCAAUGCUCUGGUCAGCUGUACACUCAACUGUGGUAUGGACCUUGGAAGAGAGGAGAUAGCUCUACAUCUUACCAAUGACUGUCCCAAGAGAGAAGUAGUUUGUCAGCAUUGCAAAAAGGGAUUUGCCUCAGAUUCCAUAGAAGUGAGUCAGCCUUUGUGGUUUUUGUUAGGGACAGUUCUGAUGUUUUUACCUAAAAAGUACACAAUUUGCCAUUUUAUAGUUGCAAUAGGUCAUUCAUAAACUAUUCAUUGCGUCACAAUAACAGAGCCAUUUCAUGGAAUGUGAGGAAUUUCCUGUGGCAUGUGAAUAUUGUCAGCUGAUCAUGCCAAACCGGAAGUCUGUAAGUCUACACAGGUCUUGUAUUAGCAACAUACAUUUUGAUGACGUGUAUAAUAUGUCUCUAUACUUUCAGAUACAGAAACACCUUCAGAAUGAGUGUCAAAGGUAUGAUGAGAUGAAGUGUCCUAUGAACUGCCCCAAGGACUUCAAGGGCGACCGAGAAAGCGUAAACAGCCACUUGAAAGACCACCUGUUGGACAUGUCACGACUUCUCAACACAGCUCUGUCUCGUAUUGAGGCUCUUGAAACAAAAAUCACUCAGGUGUUGGAAGAAUCUAACAGAGAACGUGUUGAAAUGCGCAUGGAAAUUACCGAACUCAAAAAAGCAAUGAGAAAUGGACAAACCACAAAUACCGAAAAGUCCCCAACAGCCAAGCUAGUAGCAAAGAACGAAAGUACAAAUGGAAGUGUAAGUGCUUCAAAUUCACUCCAGCCUUUGUCAGUCUCAUCUGUCAAGAAUUAUGCACACAACUCGGGAGUCACUAGAUGGGAAGAACCGAAGACUGUGCGGAGAGAGGACGCAGGAAUGAAAGAGGAAAUACGAUCACAGGAGACUCGACUCAUGAAAAUGAGCGAAACACUGCAGACAGUGCAGAGCAACCUAACACAGCAUUCGAUAGCAAUUGAUGAGGUUCGUCUACGGCAGGAUAUACUAGAUGUCAAGGUCACCAACGGAGUAUUGAUUUGGAAGAUUCCUGAUCUCCGGAGGAGAUACCGAGAUGCGAUUGAUCGACGUACCAUCAGUCUUUAUUCUCCUCCGUUUUACACCAGUCCUCACGGCUACCGAAUGUGCAUCCGUACCUACCUCAACGGAGAUGGAAUUGGCAAAGGCACGCAUAUUUCCAUGUUUUUCGUCAUCAUGCGCUCGGAGCACGACAACCUUCUCCCCUGGCCAUUCAAGCAGUCAGUUCGCUUCACACUCAUCAACCAGAAAAACCCAGGAGCCAGUGUCUCAGAGGCAUUUGUUCCCGACAUCAAGAGCUCUUCCUUUCAGAAGCCAGAAAAUGAUAUGAAUCUGGCCAGUGGAUUCCCCAAGUUUGCUCGCCAGUCGGUACUGCAGGACGAGCAGUUCACAUUAGGGAAUAUGAUUUACAUCAAAUGCCAGGUAGAUAUCACUGGACUCAAACUAGAUUGAAACAAUUGCUAGGCAAUCCAUUGAUAAAAGAUCACCAAUACCUUCAUAGAAUAAUAAUUAUUUAAUCAUUGACUGUUGUAUUUGCACAUAAUAUUUGUCUUGUAUCAUCGACGACUGCAUGCUCAGCA